GCUCGCGCCCGCGCCGGGGCGCGCCUCAGGGCGGGCGCCUCCCUCUCACUCCCUGGGCUGCGAGCGCCGGCGGUGGUUGCCGGAGAGGCCCCUCCUUCUCGCCCCGCUCCAUUCCCUCGCUCGCGGCCGAGCGGGCUCCCGACCCUCCGCUGGCCAUGGCCGGCAACGUGAAGAAGAGCUCGGGCGCCGGCGGCGGCGGCUCUGGGGGCUCCGGAGCGGGCGGCCUGAUCGGGCUCAUGAAGGACGCCUUCCAACCGCACCACCACCACCACCACCUCAGCCCGCACCCUCCCUGCACGGUGGACAAGAAGAUGGUGGAGAAGUGCUGGAAGCUCAUGGACAAGGUGGUGCGGUUGUGUCAAAACCCAAAGCUGGCGCUCAAGAACAGCCCGCCUUAUAUCUUAGACCUGCUGCCUGACACCUACCAGCACCUCCGCACUGUCUUGUCAAGAUAUGAGGGGAAGAUGGAGACACUUGGAGAAAAUGAGUAUUUCAGAGUGUUCAUGGAAAAUUUGAUGAAGAAAACUAAGCAGACUAUCAGCCUUUUCAAGGAGGGAAAAGAAAGGAUGUAUGAGGAGAAUUCCCAGCCUAGGCGAAACCUGACCAAAUUAUCCCUGAUCUUCAGCCACAUGCUGGCAGAACUGAAAGGCAUCUUUCCGAGCGGACUCUUCCAGGGAGACACUUUUCGGAUUACUAAAGCCGAUGCUGCCGAAUUUUGGAGAAAAGCUUUUGGUGAAAAGACGAUAGUCCCAUGGAAGAGCUUUCGACAAGCCCUGCAUGAAGUGCAUCCCAUCAGUUCUGGGCUGGAGGCCAUGGCUCUGAAGUCCACUAUUGAUCUGACCUGCAAUGAUUAUAUUUCUGUCUUUGAAUUUGAUAUUUUUACACGGCUGUUUCAGCCCUGGUCCUCUUUGCUCAGAAAUUGGAACAGCCUUGCUGUAACUCACCCUGGUUACAUGGCUUUCCUGACAUACGAUGAAGUGAAAGCGCGCCUGCAGAAGUUCAUCCACAAACCUGGCAGUUACAUCUUUCGGCUGAGCUGCACUCGGUUGGGUCAGUGGGCUAUUGGGUAUGUUACUGCCGAUGGGAACAUUCUGCAGACUAUCCCACACAAUAAACCGCUCUUCCAAGCACUGAUUGACGGCUUCAGGGAAGGCUUCUAUUUGUUUCCUGAUGGACGAAAUCAAAAUCCUGACCUGACAGGUUUAUGUGAACCAACUCCUCAAGAUCAUAUCAAAGUAACCCAGGAACAAUAUGAAUUAUACUGUGAAAUGGGCUCCACAUUUCAACUGUGUAAGAUAUGUGCUGAGAACGAUAAGGAUGUGAAGAUUGAGCCCUGCGGACACCUCAUGUGCACAUCCUGCCUCACGUCAUGGCAGGAAUCAGAAGGUCAGGGCUGUCCUUUUUGCCGAUGUGAAAUCAAAGGUACUGAGCCCAUCGUGGUGGAUCCGUUUGACCCCAGAGGCAGUGGCAGCCUAUUAAGGCAAGGAGCAGAAGGUGCUCCUUCUCCAAAUUACGACGAUGAUGAUGAUGAACGAGCUGAUGAUUCUCUCUUCAUGAUGAAGGAGUUGGCAGGUGCCAAGGUGGAAAGGCCUUCCUCUCCAUUCUCCAUGGCCCCACAAGCUUCCCUUCCUCCAGUGCCACCAAGACUUGACCUUCUACAGCAGCGAGCACCUGUUCCUGCGAGCACUUCAGUUCUGGGGACUGCUUCCAAGGCUGCUUCUGGCUCCCUCCAUAAAGACAAACCAUUGCCAAUACCUCCCACACUUCGAGAUCUUCCACCACCACCCCCUCCAGACCGGCCUUACUCUGUUGGAGCAGAAACAAGGCCUCAGAGACGCCCUCUGCCUUGUACACCAGGCGAUUGUCCAUCUAGAGACAAACUGCCCCCUGUCCCUUCUAGUCGCCCAGGGGACUCAUGGUUGUCUCGGCCAAUCCCUAAAGUACCAGUAGCUACUCCAAACCCUGGUGAUCCUUGGAAUGGGAGAGAAUUGACCAAUCGGCACUCGCUUCCAUUUUCAUUGCCCUCACAAAUGGAACCCAGAGCAGAUGUCCCUAGGCUUGGAAGCACAUUUAGUCUGGAUACCUCCAUGAAUAUGAAUAGCAGCCCAGUAGCAGGUCCAGAGAGUGAGCACCCAAAGAUCAAGCCUUCCUCCUCUGCCAACGCCAUUUACUCUCUGGCUGCCAGGCCUCUUCCUAUGCCAAAACUGCCAUCUGGGGAGCAAGGGGAAAGUGAAGAGGACACAGAAUAUAUGACUCCCACAUCUAGGCCUGUAGGGGUUCAGAAGCCAGAGCCCAAAAGGCCGUUAGAGGCAACCCAGAGUUCACGAGCAUGUGACUGUGACCAGCAGAUUGACAGCUGCACCUAUGAAGCAAUGUAUAACAUCCAGUCCCAAGCACUGUCUGUAGCAGAAAACAGCGUCUCUGGGGAAGGGAAUUUGGCCACAGCUCACACUAGUACUGGCCCCGAAGAAUCAGAAAACGAGGAUGAUGGCUAUGAUGUGCCUAAGCCACCUGUGCCAGCUGUACUGGCCCGCCGGACCCUGUCUGACAUCUCCAAUGCCAGCUCCUCCUUUGGCUGGUUGUCUUUGGAUGGUGACCCCACAAACUUCAAUGAGGGUUCCCAAGUUCCUGAGCGGCCCCCCAAACCAUUCCCUCGGAGAAUCAACUCAGAACGAAAAGCCAGUAGCUAUCAACAAGGCGGAGGUGCCACUGCUAACCCUGUGGCCACAGCACCCUCUCCGCAGCUCUCAAGUGAGAUUGAACGCCUCAUGAGUCAGGGCUAUUCCUACCAGGACAUCCAGAAAGCUCUGGUCAUUGCCCACAACAACAUUGAGAUGGCUAAAAACAUCCUCCGGGAAUUUGUUUCUAUUUCUUCUCCUGCCCACGUAGCCACCUAGCACAUCUCUCCCUGCCAUGGCUUCAGAGGACCCAUGAGCCAGGCUCUUACUCAAGGACCACCUAGGAAAGCAGUGGCUUCUUUUGGGACGUCACAGUAAGGUCCUGCCUUUCCUGUGGGGAUCGACACAUAUGGUUCCAAGAUUUCAANGCAGUGGAAUGAAAAUGGAGCAGCUAAUGUGUUUCAUUAUUGUAUUGGUCUUAAGAGUGUUUUUGUAGUCCUGCAGUCUCCAGUAGGAGAGAAUGGGUUUUUAUUAAAUGGUAACCUAUCCCAGAAACAGCACAGGAAGCAGUAGAAGCACUGUGCUGUGGCCCUAAUUAAGGACUUAAGGCUUUCCUGUUAAGGAUGUGUGUCUCUGUGUCUGUGUGUCCUGUCAUUAUAAAGAUUAUCCUGCUGUGUGUGAAUCCAGGCAGGGAGUUAGCACAAGAGCUUCAGGAAGGAAUCUCUGAAGACUCCCAUCUACUGUGGUAUUGCACCUAGCCCUGCUGGAUACUGCAACCUCAAUCCUCCCCUUUGGCUUAGAUUAUCAUGUACUUAGCUAUGUUUUAUAUUGUUAGAAUACCCGCUGUCCUUUCCCUUGGAAAAUCCUUACUUCACCUCCUCCUCAUUGGUGUUCUGUAGGCUUGCUGUGACCAGUCUGAAACCAAGCAGCUUAUAGGAUGGUCUUUCUAAUGUGUGAUGGUGUUGGUUUGUUUGGUAGACUAAGUGGGAAGGAAAGUACUGUUCUGUGGUUAAUUGAUGCUAGCACCUAACACUGGUCACUCCAAAGUGCUGUUUCUAUAGGAAUGUUGAAUUUGUUUUUGUUUUUUUAAAGAAGUUUUAAUUCUCCUAGUUACCUAAUGACCGGUUUGAGAUAGAGGCCUUCAUAUACAUUCCGUGUCCUCCCCAGGACAUAGCCUGUGGGAGUCGGUUGCCUUGAUGCCAGGUGUAUGUUUCUGAUGUCGGUCAUGAGUGUUUCUGCCUAACAGGAACAGAACAUUUGUUUCCAGGGUGGCUUUCCAGCCCAAAACCAUAGAGCUUUUAGGAAGCGUCAGUCAUAUAUACUAUUUAGAUUUACAAAAUAAACAGUUAGGACUUACCUGUUUAGUCUUUCUUGCCAGUGGCUAACUUCAGCUUAGGGAUUUCUCCCUUGAAUAGGAGCCAGGUAAGCCUUUCAGAAAUGAUUUCUCCCUUUGCCCUGUGAGGAACGGAGCUAACACCAGUGAGGACAGCAUUUGCUGAUGGCUUCUCUAGAUUGGUCACCCAGUGACUUGGUUGUCCACGUGCCUAGCUUGUCCUUUGGAAUGGUCUCUCUCUCCUUUCCUUGCCUUUUUUAUUGGGUCCUAGAUGUAACCGCUGUGUCAUCCAUCUACCGUAUUUAGAUAUCAUUCAUUGAAAUUCUUUAGCUAGACAAUUUGGAACAAUGUAAUAGUUUGUGUGUUUACAGGUUCAUCAAGGAGAUGUAGAUUUGUUUUGGAGAGUCCGUUUCUAAGUCAUUGUAGUGACCUCUUGGGUUCAGUUUGUUCUCUGACUGGAGUCUUGCUGGCUUCUCUGACAGCGUUGCCCUUUCUCCUGUUGAGUACGAGCUGGCUUUCACAUGAAUCCUCUCUGUUCUUUAGGUCCAGGCAGAAAUGACCCACCAAGAACCUGCUUUCUUUCCAGUCUUUUGCAACAAAAAUCUUUUGAACUCUUCUUUUAGUUUCUUGAUGCUUCAAGGUCUGAAUUUUAUCCUCUUACCUUAAGGCUAUUCAAAAGGCAGAUACGGUAUCUAUGGUUACCCAGUGUCUUCUCUACAUAGCAAAUGAGUAGAAAACAAUAGCUUGUCAUCCACAAAAAGUUUGUGAUAUCCAAUUUUGUGUUCAUUUGAAUACUGAAAGCCUAAGCCAGGCUUGGUGGCAUUCAGCACCUGAGAGAUGGUGGCAAGAUGAUCAGGAGUUCAGCACCAGCUCAAAGCUCCUGAAACCCUGUCUCAAAAAUAACAGGGGUUAAAGAGAUGACUUCAGUUAAGAGCAACUGUUCUUGCAGAGGACCUAGGUUUGGUUCCUAGCACCCAUAUGAAAGGUUUCUCAGAUGUAUAAGCAACUCACAACCAUCUAUAACUUCAGUUCAGAGCAAUCUGAUGCCCUCUUCUGGCUUCUGUGGGCACCAGGCACACAUACGAUGUGCAUAUAUACAGGCAGGCAGAGCAUUAAAUAAAUAAUAUGAAAAAAUUUAAAAAAUGAAAAUUAAAGGCCUUAAAAGAGAAGUAGGGAAAAGCUGCAGGCUCUAGUCUGUCUAUAUUGGAGUGUCUUUUUUCCUUGUAGCUAUUGCCCAGAAUCUGAAGAUGUAUCAAGGAAACAGCACUGGCUACAGGCCUUUUGCCUUCUUUGUGCAUCUGUCUUGUGUGGAGGCUAAGGAGAUAGCUCAAUUGGUUGAGUGUUUGUCUGGCAUUCACAGAGCCAUGGUUCAGCCCCCACUCUGCACAGAAGAGUGUGCUAAGGCACACCACUGAUCCUUAGCAUUCGAGAUGUAGAGACUGCAUCAGAAGCUCAAGGCACUCCUGGUUUAAAACUAGCCUGGGCUACAUGAAACCCUGCCUCCAAAAGAAAACAAAAACCAAAUCUGUGGGGAUUACUGCCCAUAAUACUUAGGGAAAUGACAAUUUUGUCCUGCUGUAUGCUGAGGUGUGAGCUCUGGAAUGGGCGUGGAUAGGGUAGGUGGGUACUGAGUCCCUAGGCUAGACAGGCACAUCUCUGAUUGACUUGGGUGUUGGUUUAACAGAUGUAUACCUGCAGGCAUUAAGGUUUAAGGCCAUUGUGUGUAGGCCUUUCCUUUGCUCCCAGGACACACUGAGGCCGUGUCUGGUAUUAUUAGGUGUCCUUAGGAAGGCUUCAUGCCACUCAUUUUGGAUAGUCUCCAAGUUUUGAAUUUCUUUUUCCUGUGAGGGCAAAUUUCCUAUUUUUCAUUUUCUAUCUGUAUGGCAAGUCUUUGGCUCGCCCUCUGAGUUUACCUAAAACUGCCUUUUCAUAAGCAAGCUUUAUUUUGAGUCUCGCUAGCUAUUUUUGGCAAGCUCACCCCCUUUCUCUGUUCUGUUACAAUUAGGAAAGCCUCUUUAAUGUUUCUCCUUUUCUCAUUGUCACUAACCUAUUUUAUUCAACACAGGUCCUUGCUUUCUCUGUAUCUUUGUGGAUUGUUUUACACGCCACCUUAUUGAUGGCUCAUAUCUUGCCAGGACUCCGGGCAAGGCUUUUCUAGUCCAGUCCCAGAACUGGAUGUCAUAGCUGUCCCUCCCACUGUCCUUCUAAAGUGAAAAGUUUGGCUUUUGGAUUUUUUUUUAAUUGGAUAUUUUCUUUAUUUACAUUUCAGUGAAAAGUUUUUAAAAUGGUUUUAAAAACUUGUAGGUUCUGAAAUAUACCUCUUUCUAAUUUACAAACUAAACAGCUUUUGCGAAUUGACCCUGGCCGGCCAUUCUUCAUAUUCUUCUUACUCCUCCCAGCCCCACCCUGCAUACUCUGCCAUUUUGUCUUUCUCUUUCUAGUCUCAGACAUGCCUAUCACUGGACUACAAUGUGUGGUAGUUGUGCUGGCAUGGGGCAGCUGAGAUGGAUGGAAGGCACUAUUCUUCAUAGUUAAAAUAUUUAUUUCCUCUGUAGGAAAGUAAGAAAUGUUUUAUGGUCCAAGUAUCCAACUUACAAGUUAAUUUUUGCAACACACCUUGCUUGCAGACCAAACCAGGGACCAGCUGUGUAUUCCUUUUAUGGCACCAUUAACAAGAUCUAGUCUUUCUGUGUUAGCCAUGAUGCUAAUACUGAAUGUUUUCCUACCUCACAUCAUGAGAAUCAGAAGGCUACUGGCCUUCUCAGACCUUCCUUCUUUCUGUUGGCCUUUCUGAGUCUGGAAUGAUCACUCCAUUGAAUAGAGUAUUCCAGCCAGUAUCCUGGCUACAGAUGUUUGAGUGAUUACUGUGUGUCAGAAAUGUCAGCUAUGUGCUCUUUCCUGCCACCUCCUGGUGGUUUUCUGGUAUUGGGAAGUUAAGCGUGGGCUGCCCUUGGCUCUUUUUUGCAUUUGACUGUGCACAUGUGUAUUCACGGCUCUCUUAUGUAGACUUAUCUUCCCUUACAGAGCUGGUCCACUUAAAACUGGCCCGAGACUUUCCCAUUAACCCUGGUUGUCUUCCUGUGGCUUUGAUAAUAUUUGGGAGAUUCUGUUGUGUAUACCUCAUAGAUUAUCCAUGCUUGCUACAAAGUUUAGUGCCACUUCUUGAGUGGAUGCAGAGUCCACUGACUUGAGUUGCACACUAGAGCACUAAAUGUUUAAGCUGAGCUUGCUGCAGUCUCCUUUCCAGUCCAGUGCCUUUUCUAUCUUUUUACUGAGCUGCUUCUGUCCUUUCUUGCUGGAAAGAUUUUGUUCUGCCUUUCUGGGACUGUCACCAUCUCCCAUACAGUUUGGAGGGUUCUUUUUCCUGCUAUUCAACAAUCUAAGUAAUUCUGUCUUAGAAGGGGUGAAAGGGUUGGAAAGGGCGAAGCCCUCAUUCUCAGGCUGCUCUUGUAGAGGCCGGUCAGGAACUGAGCCUGGAUCCUGUCCACAUAAGCCUGCCUAGAGCAGCACUAGAGGGACCAGAGCUUCACUAUCAAUGUUCUCCUCUGGCACUUGAAGUGUCAACAUGUAGCGGAAGUACUGUAGCACUACACAGAGCGUCUUGAUGCAGCUUUGAUUUCAGUCCACAGACACAGUCAAUCCUAUAGGAAUGCACAGAAGACUUGGUUCUUGUAUGUUAGUGGGCUGGACAACUUUAGACUUUGUCCCUCCUCCUACUCGACAGAGUAUUUGUAUACGUGACAAAAUAUGUUCCCUAGUCCUUGAGUUCAUGUGAUCUUCUUAUGAUGAAUGCAGUUCUUUAGAAAAACUCAAGAAUUCCUGGAAAAAAUAGGAAAAAAGUUAACCCUGUAUAUUAAUUCCAUGGGCCAGCCUGGACAUCCUGAGGACGACUGUGCUGGGCCUGUGUCUCCUGAGGCUAUCUGCACCAACCUAGAAACCAUGGAACAAGCCUGUCUUAACGGCUCUUCGGAAGUAGAAAUAGGAGAAUUAUGAAUUUUAGGCCAGCAUUGGAUCUAUUACAAGCUGAAGACCAGACUGGACUCUGUGAGUGUCUUGCCUGUUCGUGGGAAUAUUUUCUCCUCUUGUUUCCAGCAGCAGAGAAAGCAGCAGCACCACCUGGCAAAUGCGUGGAGGUCCUCUCUUCAAGUACACAUCGCUGAUGGAGUGGUUUCUUUGCCAGUGGGACUUUUGGCUCUUCCACUGUGGUUUCCUUUAAGUCUGAUAGUUUGAAGGUGCAGUCUUUUACAGCGGGGCAGUCUUGAGGCAGGACCAUGCGGUAACUACUAGCCACAUUGCGCCUGCAGUCAAGGAGCAGUAGUGCUUGGGUAUAUUCUUAAGAAAGAAUACACUCAGCAAGAACAGCGAUUUGAGGGUCCAUCCCCCACUGAACCUAUAGGGAGAACAGAGAAAUGAUGGUGAA